UUUUCUUCCGGAAAUAGGUUUACUGAAUUGUGGGAACGAAUUCCUGUUGUAGUUCCGUUCAGCGAAAUUCAGUGUUGAUAUUUAUUUACAUGAUGGUUUCCUAAUGGUAAAAUAUAUCUUUCGUCGAUGAAUCCUGUUUACACUUAAUAAUGGAUCCUAAAAUAGCUAAGAAAACACAAGACACAUUAGGAAAGCUUAUUAAAAAGCCCCCAUUGACAGAGAAAUUACUAGGCAAACCACCGUUUCGAUUUCUUCACGAUGUCACCACUUCGGUCAUCAAAACAACAGGUUUUAUGCAGGGUCUAUUUACAGAACAAGAAAUGAAUUCAGAAAAUGUCAAGGAAAAAGAUGCAAAAAUAGCUUUUUUACAAAAGGCUAUUGACAUGGUUUCUGCUGUUAAUGGCAAACCUGUCAGUGCCAAACCAAUCAAAAUUGUUGCGGGUCAUGAACCGGAGAAAACAAACGAGUUCUUACAGGCAUUAGCAGAUGCUAUCAACAAAAAUGUAAACAACGAUGAAUUUGUGAGGAAAGUUUUAAAAGUUGGAGGAACCGGAUCAACCAAAGAGACAAAGAAGGAAGAAAGUAAAGAGAAAGAGAAAACAAGAAGUUCUGAUAAAAAGAAAGAGAGGGAUUCUGGGGAAAAAGAAAAAACAGAAAAGGAAGGAAGAGAAAGAGAUAAAAGUAGGGAUAAAGGAGAAAGAGAAAAAGACAGGCAAGAGAGGGACAAAGAAAGAGACAGACAUAAAGACAGAGAAAAAGACAGAGAAUCUAAGAGAGAAAGAUCUAGAGAAGGGAGAGAAAGAGAAGAGAAACACACAGAGAAAGAGGAGAGACACAGGGACAAAGACGAAAAACGCAAAGACAAAGAAGUGAGACCAGAGAAAGAAGAAAAACAAAGAGAUAAAGAAGACAGGACAAAAGAAAAAGCUAAAAAGACUGACAAUAGUAAAGAAAAAGAAAAUGAAGCCCCAAGUGCAAUCAAUGGGGAAAAAGAUGAAACACAAGAUGCUCCUGCCAGGCUUCAGAGACCUUCUUCAGCCAAAGGAUCCAGACGCAGAAGGGAAGCUCAGAAUCAGAGAGUGUUUGGCAAGAAGAAUGGUGAGGGGGAUGAUGGGUUGGAUGAUGAAGAAGAUGAAGAAUUCCAGAAACCUUCAGCAGGAACAGAUUCACAAAUAGGAGAAGGUGACCUCCCUCCCCAAGUGAUGGCAGCCCGACAGUUAGCAAGACCAUCUAGUGCAAGACCCGCCCCACCUCGGCCCAAACAGGAAGCUGUUGAAUCUGAGCCAGCUAUGAGGCUGGGUAGUGGAAAGCCAACCAACCUGAUUGUAGAUAAUGAAGAAGAUGAUGAUGAUGAAAACUUUUUAGUUGAAGAAUCUGCACCACCUUUACCAGAUACAGAUCUGACACCCAUAAAACCAACUGAAGAUGAUGAUCAUGAGCAUGGUGCUUUAGUGAAAAAAAUGUUGGAAUCCAAGAAGGAGCUUGAAGGGAGUAAAAACCAAGUGGGGAAAAAGACAGAGAUUGAGCGUCCCACAAUGUCAGAUGCUCAGCGCCGCAAACAGCGUGAAAUAGUGCAGAAAGAAGUAGACAAGCUCCGAGCCAGUAUACAAAGUCUAACCAGGAGUGCCAACCCAUUAGGAAAGGUUAUGGACUAUGUCCAAGAAGAUUUAGAUUCUAUGCAACAAGAAUUGGACAAAUGGCGAGCAGAGAAUGCCCAACAUGCAUUGGAUCUAAAGAGGGAAACAAAUGUAACAGACAGAGCUGUUGAGCCCCUAAAGCAACAGUUGACAGAAUUAGACAGAGCCAUCAAAGACCAGCUUGACCAAAUAGCAGCUACCAAGGCAAAUAUUAUAAAAAAUGACCAAAAAAUACAAAAAAUGUUGAAAGGGAUUUCUAAUUCUUGAAGUCAAUUUAGACUAAGGUUUGAACUAGCUAGCAUACUGUAUAGAGCAAUGUUUUUUGUGCAAGUUGUUAUCAAUAUGACAAUAUCAAAAAGAAUUAUUUUUUUUACAUUUUUUAAUGUCAAAAAUAUAAAUAUUCUAUAAAGAUUUUAGUAAAGGAAUGAAAAAAAUAUAUCAUAUUCCUUUUUCUCAUUUGUGAAAAAAUAUAAAAAGAAGGUUAAAUGGACUGCGGAAAUUAUUAUAGCCAUUUUGGAAUAAAUUUAUGAUGUUAAUUUCAAUGUUUCAUGAUCAGUCUCAAGCCUUUUAUUAAUUUUAGCUGUGUACAAUUAGUUGGUAUAAAAUACUUUUUACUAAAACAGGUUUUUCAAUUCAAGCCAGAUUUUUCUUAGGAACUAAUUCCAUUUAUCUGUGAUAUAAAUGUUUCAAUGUUGUUUUGGUGAGAGUUGUAUGAGUA